AUGUCGACUAUGGAGCAGAUCUUCUCCGGCUACCACAAACGCCUGGAGACCCUCAAGUCCAGCAACAACCCCUUCGCCAAGGGCAUUGCCUGGGUCGACGGCGAGCUGGUGCCCCUCUACGAGGCCCGCAUCCCGCUCAUCGAGCAAGGCUUCAUGCACAGCGAUCUAACCUACGACGUGCCAUCUGUCUGGGACGGCCGAUUUUUCCGCCUCGACGACCACCUCAACAGAUUGGAAGCGUCGUGCGGUAAAAUCCGUCUUCGCUUCCCCAUCCCCAGAGACCAGAUCAAGAAGACGCUGGUGGAAAUGGUCGCUAAGAGCGGUAUUCGCGAUGCUUUUGUCGAAUUAAUCGUUACCCGUGGUUUGACCGCCGUUCGCGAAGGUAACCCCGACAGUAUGAAGAACAAUCUCUAUCUGAUUGUCCAGCCGUAUGUCUGGGUUAUGGACCCCGAGACGCAGAAGACGGGUGGAAGUUCGAUCAUCGCCAAGACUGUUCGGCGUGUGCCGCCUGGUGCUAUCGAUCCUACCGUUAAGAAUCUGCAGUGGGGUGACCUGGUCCGUGGCAUGUUUGAGGCAAGGGAUCGUGGCUCGCAGUAUCCGUUCCUCACCGAUGGGGAUACCAAUAUCACUGAGGGGUCUGGGUUUAAUAUCGUUUUUGUGAAGGGCGGUGUGAUUUAUACGCCCGACAGAGGUGUCUUGGAAGGGGUUACGCGCAAGAGUGUCUUUGACGUUGCCAAAUCGAAGGGCAUCGAGGUGCGUGUGGAAGUCGUACCUGUGCAGACAGCAUAUGACAGCGAAGAGAUCUUCAUGAGUACUACUGCAGGUGGCAUCAUGCCGAUUACGGAGUUGGAUGGGAAGCCUGUCGGUAAUGGCAAGGUCGGUCCGGUUACAAGAACGAUCUGGGAUGGCUACUGGGCUAUCCAUUAUGAUCCGGCGUUCAGCUUUGAGAUUAAGUAUUAG